AUGCUAAUAAUUGGAGAGGUUGCACUGCAUUUGCAGCAAUGGCGCCAGUAUCAUCGUCUUCGUAUUCCAUCACUCAACAUACCAACCACAUCUUUUCUCUCUCUUCACCCAUUCAUGGCGCAAAAUUCUCCUCCCCUCAUCACUUCAGAUGAUGAAAGCAAAACUUAUGUUUUGCUUGAGACCAAAGGAGAAGAUUGUGUGUUGUACACUAGAGAUGAAACAGUGGAUUACCUCAACAGCCCAGCUAACAAGUUAAAAACAGGAAACUGGAAAGCAUGUUUCUUUGUAGUUGCAACUGCAAUUCAACACAGUGCUACAGCCUCAAGAAAUUUAUCAAAUUGGACUGGGGCUUGCUACAUUGCCCCAUUAUUUGGAGCAUUUGUUGCUGAUGGCUAUAUUGGAAAAUACUGGACAAUAGCAACCUCUUCUAUCUUGUAUGCCAUUGGGAUGACAUUGUUGACAUUAUCAGCUACAAUGCCUCAACUAAUGCCAACAUGCUCCAAAACAAACAUUUGUGAUGCAACAAAAGCUGAAACCAUAGUGUGCUUCACAGCGCUUUGCUUGGUAGCAAUUGCAAGUGGAGGAAUCAAGGCAUGUGUGUCGGCUUAUGGAGCACAGAUCAAUUUGAUGAUAAUGACAAGGCUGAAAAAAAGCUCAAGAGUUCUUUUUUUAAUUGCCAUGGGAAUGUCCGUAUUUUGUUUCUUUUCUGGUACUUGGUUUUAUAGGAAACAUAAACCCAAAGGUAGCCCUUUCACACGUUUCUUCCAAGUGGUUGUUGCUUCUUUUAGAAAGAAAAGAAUCAACAUCCCACCGGAUUCAUCGCUUUUGUAUGAGAUUCAUGAUCAUGCUAAUUCUACAACUAAACUUAAUCAUACAAGAAAUUUCAGAUUUUUAGACAAAGCGGCAGUGAAGCUCCCCCACGGAUCACACAAAAGGAUCAACGAACCCAUGGAGUCUUUGCACAGCAUCAUAUUCAGCACCAUACGUGGCCAAAUAGACAAUCUAUUCAUCCUACAAUGCUUGUUCAUGGAUACCCAAAUCCCUAACACAAGUUUCAAAAUCCCACCAGCCUCAAUAGGAACUGGCCACUUCAUUUCAAUCUUUUCAAUGUCAACAGCCGGAAUCUUGGAACUCGUUAGACUAGACAUCGUUAGAAGACACAAUUACUAUGAAACCAAACCUGUCCCAGUCUCCAUAUUUUGGCAGGUUCCACAGUUUUUAAUUAUUGGUUGUGCGGAAGUGUUUACACUUGUGGGACAGAUGGAGUUUUUUAAUGAGGAAGUGCCUGAUUCAAUGAGUAGUUUGGGGUCAGCUAUGCGACUAAUGACGAUUGCUUUAGGGAGUUAUUUCAGUUCUUUACUUGUGAGUGUUGUUAUAAAAGUGACUACCGAAGGUGGUGGGCCAGGUUGGAUUCCGGAUACUUUGAAUUAUGGGGAAUUACACAAGUUUUUUUGGCUUUUGGGUGGUUUGAAUGUGGUGAAUCUUGGGGUUUUUGUGGUUGUUGCUAAGUGGCAUACAAGUAAAAACUCAUAUAUCGUGAGAAUGUAA